AUGAGGGUUUGGAUUCGAGUAAUAUAUGGAGUUACUUCUCAGCUUUGUAUUCGUUUUCAUCCUGUAAAUAAUAACUUCCUUUCAGUUGGCAAUGCACAGAAAGAAGUCUCGAUAUUCAAUUUUAGCACGAGAAGAUUAAUAAGUAAAACAGUUGUGGACAGUGACGUUACCACUCUUGAUUAUGACCAUACAGCCUAUCAUGCCUUUGGGAAAACUAUAGAAAAGAUCACUACAGAUGGUGAAAUAAUCAGACUUCAUCAUUUUAAGCCUAUCAUGCCUUUGGGAAGUGGAAAUACUGGCAGGACGUGGCCACCUGGCUAGGGAUUCUUUCCAUACGUGAGCAGAAAUGAUGGAAGUACUUCUCCCACUCAAAUUGCCAUCACCUCUGUCAAACAAAAACUUACAUAGAGUAAUGGCUAAAUCACUCUGAGCACCACUCUUCUUAGAACUUUCAGUGUCUACAUAAUUUUUUAUAUAAGUCAAAAGAUGAUACUUACUAUUCUAUCCAUGAUGUUAUUUGGUCUAAGUACUUUAAGUUUCAUUUCAUAAAAAAAGCUAAAAGGUAAACUGUUGUUUUUGCAUUGAUUGUGUAAAUAUCAAAGUUGAUGACAUGAGUUCAAUAAACAGUUUUGAUUCUAGAGUAAAAUUUGAGGUCAUUGUGAGUGGUAUAAUUGCAUUGUACUUUUAGUGUUUCAUGCUUCCAAGAAACAACAAGUUGAAGGUGAAAGCAACAUAAUUCAGUGUGACAAUAGCUCAACAAUCUUACUUUCAAACUAUCAUGUGUCAUUGCAAUUGCUAUUUAAGGCAGUCUAGAUUACAGUAAAUAAGAAUCAACAUGCAAACAAGAUUAAGAUUAAUGCUGAUAAGAAUGAUGGAAAUCAUUAGUGUGUGUACCUGGUAGAACA